UCGCGCCAUUUCUAAACCUACGCUCUUCUGACAGUCGCUCUUUCUUUUUUUCAUUUCAAGAGUCUACUUCCUCGAGCUAACACUGCUGUUCUUCGUUUUUCUUGUACUUUUUUUUUUGUCUGCAGAAACUUUUGUCCAGUACCAUCUUUGUUGCUCCGUCUCCGAAAAUGGUGAUUAUGAAGUUAGUCAUCAGGGCUGAGCUUGAGAAUCUGACCAACCUUCAGCCUGAAGGGGGUUGUGAUGAACCAAACUUCACAUACUACUUCAAGCUUCAUUGUGAGAAUUGUGGUGAGGUGAGCCAGAAAAGGACUUGCGUGAGCUUGAACGAAAGAGUUCCUCACCCCAAUGGCAAGGGAACCAUUAAUCUUGUUCAGAAGUGCAAAUUUUGUGAGAGGAAGGGAACUGUGCUGAUGAUUCCUGGUCAUGGUCGUCCCCUGACCCUCCACGCUUCUCAACGUGGGAUGCACUCUCCGUUGAUGUUAUUUGACUGCAGAGGCCUUAACCCUGUUGAAUUUGCUUUUGGAAAUGCAUGGUGGAAAGCGCAAUCUGUAAGUUCUUGUGUUUCUUUAUUCGUUUUUCUUCUCAAGCUGUAGAAUAUUAAACUAAAAUCUUUCAUAAGUUAAUGCUCAUAUAUAUUUCAUACUUGAGCCUCAAUUGUUGUUGUC